UCAAUGUUUGUAGUUUUUCACGAAAAGAAAGGAUUUGUAUUUUUGGAAAAAUACAGUUAUUUUUCGUUCUCCAGGCCAACACUGUAAGAUUUUGAAAAUAUAUUGUUGUUACGUAGUGCAACCAGUGUAACAUAUUCGUUUAACACGAAAUUUUUGUUCUCGUCAACUAAUAAUUGGACUGCCUACGUGUUGAGUCAAACACUGAACAUUUUCAAGAAAUACUCGUAAAAGCUAUGAGAUAUUGAUUUCAUAGGUCGACAGAGCACAAAAAGGCCCAGUUAUGAAUAAAAAACCUCUUAGGACUGGUCCUAAAAUAAGGAUUACUCGACCAGCAAAUAGAUUGAGACGCCUCGAAGACGGCGCCUUACCCUCCACAAAGGGAGUCGAAGAAGUUAAAUAUAUCUACACCUGUCAGUACUGCCGUCUCAAAUUCACUCAGAACAGCCAUUUUUUCCGCCACAUGACUUCCAAUCACGAGUUACAACAACGUCAAGAAACUUUUGAAUGCAAUGAAUGUCAAAUAGUUUUUAAUAAGAAAGCUAAUUUGGAUAUUCACUGUCAAACGCAUCACCAGGCGAAGAGCAAGUCUAAAUGCGAGAUGUGCUCAAUCACAUUCAAAUCGAGGUAUUGCCUUCGUCGGCAUUUGAAAAUGAAACAGGUCAUGCAAGAGAAUGCAUGUUUGAAAUGCCAGAAGAAAUUUUUGAACAAGGAACAACUGGCUAAGCACAUGCAGAACAAGCAUACAUUUAAAAAUAGAACAUUCCAAUGUGAAUUGUGUUCUCUAAAGUUUAAAGCAAGGGAAUCUCUGCAGAGCCACCUGAAUCGCAUUCAUAAGAGAUUAUGAUUGUGCGAAAGAUUUAGAAAUAGGUAUUGAAGAAAACUAAUAAUAUUGUCUCUUAAAUUUCAUGAUGGAAGAAGGAUCCCAUGACAUUAUGAGACAUGGAAGCACAAAAUUUAUAUAGGUAAUGUAUUUUGUCUGAUUUGGUAUAGAAUUCUGACUUCUACACUAAUUUCAUCCCUUUGCUAGUUUUAUUAAUAGGUUUUUUUUUUCGACAUUUUUUUUACCAUAUUGACAGAAUGGACUCACUCUAUUUUGUAAGAAUUUGUCGAUGUUUCAAGAAUUUAGCAGAAAGUUUCUUAAAGGAAUUAAAUAUAUCUUUGUUCUCAUAAAUUUAUCUAAAAAAAUGAACUACCAAACAUAAUGCUCAAACCUCUUUUUCAUAGUAGUGGAAAUACAGUAAAUUUGUAGGACAAAAUAUACAAAGGCAGACUUAUCCCAUUUAGGGAUCUUUUUCAUACAUACAUACAUACAUAUAAUCACGUCUUUAUCCCUUGCGGGGUAGACAGAGCCAACAGUCCUGAGCGGACUGAUAGGCCACGUUCAGCAAUUCUAUCUUAAAGCCAAAUAGCUGAACGUGGAUCUUUUUCCAUGACUUUAAAUUGAUGGAUGUAUAAAGCAAAAGAACUACAUACAAUAAUUCUGGCAAGUUGAAAGAUAUAGUGUCUGCCUAUCCCUCCGAGAAAGAAAGGUGUGAUUAUAUCUUUAUAUGAUACCAUUAAUGAGUAUAUAAAACUUGGUUGUCGAACUGACAUGUUUAUAAUUUUUGUGAGUUUUUUGUAUUUUAAAAGAAUUAUUUAAUAAAUUAUUGUUAAUAUUCAGAUUGGCUAAAUGUAUAUUAUAUUCAUCUUAUAGUAAAGCGUUGGUGGGCGAAUCGGUAAGGUGCCUGGUUAAAAUAAGCGUCGCGCAUAAAGGCACCGGUUCAAAUACCACAACCAUAUACCAAUUACUAUUUUCGAAGUUAUGUACAUUAGUUUGAAUACUAACCGAUGCUCUUACGGUGAGGGAAAACAUCGUGAGGAAAGCUGCACAUUCAGGCAUCUGGGUGUACAAGCAUAUGAUCCAAUACGGUUCCAAAUCCAAUUUGGUUCCCCUGCAAAGUUUGCAGACCUCAGAUGGGAGUUGCUUCGUGUUAAAACCUGACUCACCCAACCCAGGAUCCAUGGUCAAGGGCUUACCCCGGGUUCCACCCCAAAGUGGUGAGGAUGUAACCAGGACUAAAGCCAGGUGGAAGUAAAAUGUCAUGGAAUUCAAAUACCGUAGUUCGAAACACUAGUUUGAUACACUUGAUAAAGUGAUAUGUAGGUAUUUUGUAAGGUUAAUACCCAAAUUAGCCCCGAUAGAUUCUGCAUGUACGGGCGCACGCGGUUACCACGCAAUAAUGAUGUGAUCAGUUAUCACAGAUGAUUCGUUAGUGUAUUAGUUAGAAAUUAAGAAACAUCGAUAACAAUUUUGGCGUUUUCAUUCUAUGUCACAUAACUAGCUUCCACUUCCGACCCGGCACUUCCUCUUAGUUUGGUGACUUGUCGACGCGUACAAGUAUUGAAAGAUGCUCAAUCUAUUGGGGGUGAUCUGUGGGUUAAUACUUUUGGAUAUACAAAUUUGUACAUAGGUAGUACAAUUAUAUUUGUGACGUGGAUAUUAGAUCUGGUAAAAAGCGAAUACUUUUUAAAUUUAGAUGAUUUUAAGGGUUCCGUGCCAAAACGGUAAAAA